AUGGCGCGAUGUUGCAAGUGCCGUUUUAGGCAUUUCUGGAAGCCACGACCCCAUUCGCCCACCUACGUCAAGGAACGACCCGCGCUCAUCGACGAUGCUAAGUGCAAGGAAAGCGCCGCCCGCAGUAGUUCGACAGGGCUACCCGGCUCCCCCUCGAUAGCGGCAGCUACCUACCUGGGUACUUUAUGUACAAGAGAAAAAAGAAUUUCCCCGAACUCGAUCGAUGGCUUCUUAUUUGCUCCCGAUCCUAAUGAGUGGGAUCUUGCACCUUGUCAACCCAUCAAGGUCCUUUGCGGGGUAGAAAGGUCGGCUGUUGUACCGGCCUGGCGACUGCCGCACUCCCUCGACCCCUCAAAAAGUUGA